ACUCCACGUCGUACAAAACUGCCCUCGGUACAGCAAAGGGUCACGUCCACAAAGUCUGAUAAGUCACGAGAAGACGCAGGAUCAAAGAGACCUCUUAUUGAUCCAGAGCGUGUCGGUGACCACCCGAAGCCGAAGCGUCCGAAAUGUGGUGCACGCAAACCAAGCCAAAUUGAUAGCGAUGAUUUUGUUGAUGACGUGCCUCGACGCUGCCUGCCAAAAAUCACAAAAAACUGGAAUGUUAAGGGUAAAAGUAAAAUGGCUGAUACCGAUAUUUUGUUCUAUGUAGACAAGGUUGUACUGUCUGUGCGAUCAGUCACACGAACAUUCCCGGCGUUUAGAUCAUGGAGCAACGAGGCGUUAAAAGCUAGAGAACACAACGAGAUUGAUGCGGGAGCUUUUGGUAGAGGUUUUGUGGAUGUAGACUUCCGUUUGUUUGCCGAUAGUCGCCGGCUGGAUAAAAGCGGACUAAAAUACGAUGGCGUAAGUGAUGUUGCUGGUGUGACAGAUGGCCACUGUGUA